AUGCCAAGUAGGAUUUUGAAACGUGAUCGAACUGACAAUAUUUUUGCACAGGUUGUCAAGAUGAAACGUGAUGUUGACCACCUCACAUCAGUUGCAGAGCUCUGGUCAAAGGCCCUGAAGAAGUGGCACACAGUGCUGGCGUGUGCCGGCUAUGCAGGCUUGGUUGGUGCAGCAGUCAAGGACGCAGUGAGUGAUGACAAGGACUAUGGUGGUAUACUCAGAGAUGUUUUUGGCAACAAAUCCCCACGUACUGCAAACAAACGAGCAUCCACUAUGUUGGCACUUUUUUCUUGGCUUGACAAGAAGAGUUUGUGCGUGUGGCCAGUGAGAUCUGACUAUGUGGCAGCGUAUCUCAACGAGUCGAACGUGCAUGGAGCUGGCAGCACAAAGGGUAAGACACUGAUGGAAGCCUUUCGUUUCUGCAAGCAUGUUAUGAGGCUACCUGGACUGGAUGACAUCAUCGAUGACCCUGUACUGUCAGGCAGAGUGAGGCGUAUGGAUGCUGCACGUGAUACAAUUAAGCAAAGUCGCCCACUGAAACUUUCUGAGGUAAAGUUCAUAGAGGAGUUCAUGAUGUCAGACUUGAAUGUUUUUGACAGAUACAUUGCAGGCUGCAUUCUGUUUGCCAUUUACAGCAGGUCCAGAUGGUCAGAUUUGGCUUUCCUCAGUGACCUGUGUUUGGAUACGGCCGAGACGGAACUAGGCCUUGUCGGCUUUGUGGAAGGUUCAACGAAGUUCCAGAAGACUGGCUCAACUGCGCUGAAACGUGCAAUGCAGAUGCCUCUGGUGGCACCGAUACGUGGAGUGACUGACAAGAGUUGGGCAGUUGAAUGGUUCAACAUCCUCAAACAAGUGCAGUUUGAUACAUCAGCAAAACCUGUGGGGGCGAUUUGCAGACCCCCCACAAAUGGGACACUGGGCACCCGGCAUCUCUCUUCAGAGGAGGUUGGAGAUUUUCUCAACCAUAUGCUGGGUCUACAUGGUGAGAACGUCGUGACAAGUCAUUGCAUGAAGGCCACAACAUUGACCUGGUGCGCAAAGUAUGGGCUGGAUGAACCAGCAAGGACUUUGCUGGGCCAUCAUGAGCUGCAAUCUCAAAGCCUAGCGUGUUACUCGCGUGACAUGCUUAGUCGUCCCUUGGCGCUCUACGAGUCCAUGCUGCUGAACAUCAGGACAGGUCAUUUCCUUCCAGAUGAGACGAGGUCUGGCAGGUUUCUACAACGCAAGCCUGAUGCUGCUUCCAUGGUUUCAGAUGAACCCAAUCGAGCAAAAGUCAAGUUGGAGACUUUUGCAAGUGGAUUUGGAUUGGACGACCAACAACAAGUGGACUGCAUUGAUGGUGUUGUUGAUUUGGUAGAUGAUGAUUUGCCAUUUUUCAAUGAACACCACAGUGAAGCAGACGCUGAGUGUGAGGUGCAGUCACAGUCGUCUUCAGGCGAUACAAGCAGCAGCUCGUCCAGCUCUUCAGCGUGUGAAGAGCCCUUGCAACAGAAGUACGCUCUGGCGGUGAAACAAGAGAUUGUGAUGAGAAUUGGCAGUGGUUACAACUUUCUGGAGCAUGGGGCAUCGUUCAAGUGGGCGAGAUGCUCAUUGUGUUUCAAGGGCGAAGUGAUUACCAAAGUGCAAGACCUAGCAGAUGCCAUGGCAGCAGCCCAUGCCAGGCGAAGUGCUCAGUCGUGGCUCAAUGAACAGUGGAUUGAAGCUUUUGGCAGAAAUGACUUGAACAAGUUAGGAAGACUUGCAUAUGCUGUAACUACACCUGGUGUUGCUCCUACUACGGAACAAGUGACAGAGUUCAUGAACCAGUUGCGUUUUGGAGUAGGCCCUACCCUUAGUGAAAUCACUGCUGUGAAGCGUGUCGUGUUUGAAGCACAGACCUUGACGAUUGCAAGCUUGAGAUCAACUGUGCACUCUCCUGAUGAUGCCAGUACACGUAGGGUAGCACCUGCUGAGCGAUCGGCUCGUCUUGAAGCCCAACGCUUACGACUUCAAGGCCUGGAACUGUCUGGACCUAUGGAACCCAGUCAUUGGCUAUAUGAUCAGUUUUCAGCAAUGCUUGAAACCGGUGAGCUCAAAUACAUUGCUCCAGGCAAAUGCAUGACACGUCAACAGGAACUGGCAGGUGAAAGGCCAGACAAGCAGAUCAAGUUGGAUGAAACUCGCAGCAGCCUUGUGGUCAAAGACCGACCGCAAGAUCAAGAGGCCGACAUUACAAGUGAUCUCAGUUUAUUGCAAGCCAUGACUCGCCGUGCAUUGGCUAUGGACUUGGUGGGGAUAGCUUCAUUCAAUACGGUCAUGAAGUUUGUGAACCGUCUGUUCACCCUGUUGACCCAGGCACCAGCGCCUGGAUUUCAACGUCCAGGGCAUGCUCAACUGUUGAGAGCAGAUCGCCAGGCGUUUAUGAGGUUAGCAGAGACAGUACAAGCCCCUUUCCAUGUCAAUGCAGCAGGUGUCUUGCCUCUUGAUUUAGCGUUUGAUCAAUUGCACAAUGAUGUCACAGUGACUUACCACAUGUUACCUGUGCCCUUGGGUCGCCAGCGAGAUGAUGAUAAGAAAGCAGACCCAGCCAAUACAAAGACCAGAAAGCCAACCAGCAAGCCUGGCGGUAAUCCUGGUCCCAAGGGCAAAGGAGGAGGUAAAAGCAAGCGUCAACCCAUGCCACAGCAGCUUCAUGGGAUGCAUCACAAGACACCAAGUGGAAAGGCGAUUUGUUUCAAUUUCAAUUUGGGCAAGUGCAAAGACAAGAAGUGUCCUCGUGAACACGUAUGUUGCAUGCCUGGAUGCUACAAGAACCAUCCUCAGACUGAACACGAAGGAAUUUCUGAAACUAUGCAAGUUGCAGUGGACGCCAACGUGCACUGGCCGUACCAGGACAUUGUCAUUCACAGGUGCAAAUGGUUUGGAAAGUAUUUGCCUAUGGCGGCUGCGUUGAAGGAUGAAGAAGCCACCAUCCUAUCUGCAAUGCCCAGGCCUAUGAGGGCCAUCAUGUCUACAAAGCGCAUUGCGCUACUGGAGAAGAUCCUGCAGGAUGCAUCCUACCCGGACAUGGGCUUGGUGAAUGAUCUCAAAAGAGGCUUCGAUCUGGUGGGUGAACUCCCCACCGCAGGUGGGAUGCUACCUUCGAAGCUUGUUCCUGCAACUAUGGCGGUAAGAGAGUUGGGUUCCAAUGCUGGCAGGGCCCGCUAUGCAAUAAGAGCUUCCAAUGCGUCGUGUGGUGACCCCUCCCUUGAUGAGCAACUCUACCAGAAGACUUUGGAUGAAGUGGACAAGGGGUGGCUCCUGGGUCCGCUGGCGUGGGACUCAUUGGAGGAAAAUGCCGUUGUUUCAAAAAGAUUUGGUUUGCAACAGGGUGACAAACUGCGCCCUAUAGAUGACUAUAGCAUGAGCUCAGUGAACGCAACGGUCACAGCCAAGGACCAAGCUACUGCAGACAAUGUGGACGUCAUAUGUGCAAUGUUGCUUCAACUCAUGGCUGGUUUGCGUGGGCAAGGAAAAGGUACUGAAUUGAGAGCCAGGUCUUUUGAUUUGGCGGCUGCGUAUCGACAGUUGUGUGUGGCUCCAACCUCCAAGCCUUUCUCAUACAUAUGUGUUUACAACCCGCGCAACAAGACCAAUGAAGUCUUUUCACAAGUCUGUUUGCCUUUUGGGUCCAAAGCUGCUGUGAAUGCGUUCAUAAGAUGUUCUCGGUGUAUACAAUGGCUUGCUUGCAGAUGUUUGCUUCUACCCACAACAUGCUACUAUGACGACUUUGUAGUUGCAGCCACCCCUCAACUGCAGCGGAGCAGUGAAUCAUCAAUGUGCCUGCUUUUUGAAUUGCUUGGCUGGGCCUACGACAAGGAGGGGCCCAAAGCGGACACCUUCUCGGAACUUGUUUCUUCUUUGGGAGUCUCAAUUUCGUUAUCCAAAACUGCUGUGGGUGAGGUUGAAGUCAUGAAUACGGAGAAACGCAAAAAAGACCUGGUUGAAUUGAUCUCCAAUGUACUUUGCAAGGGUUCAUUACAAUACAAAGAUGGCCAGGUCCUCAAUGGCAAGUUAGCCUUUGCGCAUGGUCAGAUUUUUGGGUUAGCUGGCAAGUAUGUUCUUCAAGCUGUGUCUGACCACAUUUACGCGAAGCCUUUCAAAGCAUGUGUGAGCGAUGAUUUGAAGCAUGCCUUGCAAUUUUUUCAGGGCCGUUUAGUUACAGGUUUGCCAAGGUCCAUCAACAUGGCCACCAAGCACACUCAAUUUAUUCUGACAGAUGCGUGCUUCGAACCUGACAUGACAGGUGGCAUAGGCGUUACAAGCUUGGUAAGACUUGCCUCGGUGAUCUGCGAGGAAAACAUGGUACUGCCUUGGUUUUUGCGUGACUUCCGGGAAUACGAUCCAGAUGUGCAGAUUGGAAGUCCACGGUCAUUGGCAGCAUGUGAUGCCCAGGGCAUCCUUCCGAAAGAUUUGGCAUACAAACCAUUGGAGGUCUUCCAGCUUCCAGGUUUGGACCCUCGAGUUGCGCAACUGCGUUAUGAAUUUAUGGAGGCGCGACGGCAAGAUCUCAUUGAGGCUGCACGAGAGACGCGCGAAAUCAUUAUUGAACUUGCUGAUGAGGCAGACCGAGCGGAAACAGCAGGAAGCAUGGCCAACAAGGUGCAGGACCGCACUACGAAAGAUGAUGUCCAUCAAAAACUGCAGCCGAAUUGGCGAGAGGGUGGACCGCCAGAUCCGAACCUCGCCGGCGCGCCUACAACGCCGUAUCCAGUGGCUUUGGGCUUCUUCAAAGAGGUGUUGGAUGAAUAUUCUGUGAGCAGAGCUCAUGAGACCCCCAGCCCCAUGGGCUCGGCCUCAGAGGUGACUCUGCCCCCGAUGUCUCCGCAGUCUUCUGCACCUUCACUGCUGAUCAGGAAGCUCAGGCCAGGUCCAAAGAGAGUUGCCUCUGAGACACAGCUGCGAGACUUGAUUCAACGUAUGAAGAACGUGCCCAACGCAAAUCAAGUGGAUGAGGAGUUUGCACGAAAGAGCGCCGAGCUCCACUUAACUUACCCCAAAUUAGAGACAAGGUGGCGGCGCAAAGAGUAUGAGGCGAAGAAGCGGAUGGCGAAGAGCCUGGCUUUUAUGGCAACUGACUGCUUUGAUCGUCUCAUCAUCGAAGAAGAGGAAAAAUAUGAAGCCUCCAAACUCCGCGAGGCAAUGCAUCAGCUUUCCUUCGAGGAUGAUCCAACUCGUCCAAAGAAGAGUCUGCCAUCAACACCGAACGCCACCUUAGGGUCUUCCAUGCGUUCAACUUCCAGUUCUCGCGUGAGCCAUGCAGACCGAGAGGAUGCUGCAAGAGACAAAACACUGGGCACCUUGCGGGAAUUUGAGAUCAAACGCAGGGAUAAGCUAAUGAAGCGGGUGGAUCAUCAACAUGGUGUCGAGGAGCGGGUGGUGCAGCAAGCCGCCAGCAUCAAGUGGAGGAUGGCCAGCAAACUUCUGGAGGAACGCCUCCGCUGGCGGCUGAAGUACAACCAGGUGGAGUCUGCUGCUGAAGAGCGCGACCGCCUGAAGCUGGAAGCCUUUGAACAACGGGAGGAGAUGCUGCGUCAGAAGCAGGCCCGCUGUGACGACUCAGGGGAAAUCCGGAAGGAGAUCCGGCACCUUCGAGAUGUUGGAAGAAAGCUCAAUCAGGCACAGCGGGAACGCAAAGAAGCUUGGAGACUCGCAAAGAAGCAGCGAGAGACCAUGGAGAAGCACUUUGCGCACUGUGGGUUGAAGAUGCCCCAGCCCUUAAAAAUAGGGUCACGAUAA